AUGACAGAAGCAUCUCAACAAGCCAACAAUAGCCAAGCUUCUCCGCCCUCAAGGAAAUUCAUUUCACUUCCGGUGCCUCCUGGCUUUUCAUUCGAGCGACGAGAGGAGAAUAUCAAGCAGUACUGGAAGGACAAAGAACUCGCAGACGAAACGGCCAGAAACACAGAGUUCGAUAAGAACAUUACUAGGAGCGCCUCAGUUAAUCACCAUAAGGAUUCUGUUCCUGAUAUGGUCGGAGAAGUAGAUAAUAGGCAACGUAAGGAGGACAAGAUGCUGGCCCUUCAAACAAGUAAGAAUGUACAGUCCAGUAAUCUGUCAUGGUUCUCCCUUCUAGGUUUUCAAAGCCUUCAUCGAAUUUACAGAGAGGAAGUUUUGAUGAUCAGCGAACAGAGACAUACUAAUAAAUCCAUACCGGCGUGUGAAACAGGUGAGAACAAGACGAUAUUAUCCCCCCCACCCUCGUGGCUGCAGAGGGUAGUAUAUGGAACUAGGAACAACAUAAUAUUCACCAAUGCAAAUGAAUUCCUUGGGUAUGCUAUCGGUUUCUAACUUUACCUCACCUACCAGGAAAUUCAUAAACGAAGAGAUUCUACGAGUAGGCUUCACUUUCAAAACCUUAACUGCUCUCUGUUUAUUAAGUCGACUACUAUCCUUUUCCGGAAACACAACAAACAGAUCUUAUACACGUGCACGUGUUGCAGUGUCAAUCUUUUCUUUUCUCUCAAUUUCCAACUACUGCAACCUAAUUGGCAACUUUAAGGGUCUUCGCAAUAGCUUCACUUUGUUCUACUUCUUGCAGCUAGUUUUGUUCCAUUAGCUUUCAGUGUUUUUAGAAGUUUCUAGACCAAAAAAACUCAGAAUCAACACUGUUUCGGGUCACAAAUCUUUCGAUCUUCAUUACUUCAAUCUUCAUCUUUAACAACUAAAAACUUGCAAGCUUCUAGUGUUGCUCAGUAUGGCUAUCCUGAGUACAGAACAAGGCGACGCCGAGGUUCGAAUCAAGAGGCACCCAGAUAACACAUACUAUGACGAAUACAUCAAAGUUGAACGCAAGGAAGGCGACUCCGAUGAAAAUCGUAAGAGGUAUAUCGUUGCAGAACCGGGCACCAAAUACUAUAUCGAAUUCAAAUUGAAAAACGGAUUUGAUUUCGGCGAUUACAAUCUGAUCAAUGUUUUUUUGUUCUUUCCCGGCAGAGAUCAAGCGAUUUCUACACUUUUUAUUAAUGCGAAACCUGAGGACCGGCCAAAAUUAAAGACACACCUCAUCAGGAAGAUUCAGUACGCCAAUGUAGAAGUUGAUGGGCAAAAACUUCUUGGGGCGAGAUUUGCAUUUCGGAAUAUUCAGAUUGGUGAGUGAACAGCUCGAUCCUUGCAACUAAAUAUUGUCUAAAGCUUACUAUAAUAGACGAGACACUUUCCAACGAAACAGAUAUCAUGGGCAUUCAUCCGGAUGAUCUUGCUACCUUUAAAAUCAAGCUGUACUUGUGGAAAAAGUGCACUACCACACUAUCGGAUAAUGAUUACAAAAGUGCAUUAUUAGACUGGGAAAAUGAGUGUUCAAGAGCUCUAUUUACCAGUACGAAGAAAGAUAAGCUUAGUUUGGAUCCCGACGUCAAAAUCGAUCAGCCGAAGGCACAAAAUAUCUGGGAUGCAAAAAAGGUUGAUCUGGAUAGCUACAAGAAACGCGGGAUCAGCUCGGCUCUUGGGUAACUACAUUUUCCAUUGCUUAUAUGUAGCAAUAGCUUAUCUUUCUAGUUUUGUGGGGGGCAGCGUGGAAUCUUUCAUGCUUCCCAAAAAGCCAAAUCGUUACACUACAGAGUAUACCGACGGCUGUUGCUUCGGUACAUUUGAGUUCCAUUGUAGAACUUCUCGUAUGUCACUUCUCCCCAAAUUUGACUUAGAUGUACUGAACUAAUUUGGCAUGCAGAAUUCUUAGAGCAAGCAGGUAUCAUCAAGUAUCCCCCGCCUCUUCACUGUUAUUCCUGGCUCGUCUUGAGUGACAACGAAAGAAAAGCAGCUCUUGGGGAAUUGCAGGAUCUGAGCAAGACGCAAUGGCAUGAAGACCAAGAAAAGGGAAAGGGCAUGGUACUACCUAUGAUUGGCAGGGUCAGGGCAGAGGAGCACCCGUGGGAAUGGCGCCAUUGGGACAGAAUGUACGCUACUGAGAGGCAAAGAGCAUUCCAGAGUCUUCAAGUAAGCUUUUAUUGUCUGUAUCAUCCCAGGGAUAAUCAUUAAUCCCCUCCUAUCAGGACAAGAAGAAAGCUCGCGAGCGAGGUAUCAUCCAGCGUCAGUAUAAAAAUAUGGUGGGCGAGAUCAUUGUUCUAGAUGAUGAAGAUGAGAUGCCACAUUCGAAAGCUCGCAAUAGGGAUAGUAAUGACGAGGGAAAAGAGAACGCCAAGUCUAACAAUUGGGAAGUGGAAGUUAAACAUGAAGGGACUCAACGCAUAGCGGCAAACAGUGUCGAUGCACCAAAGGCCGUAAGUACGCAAGUCAUCAAGAACGAACCCAUCGGUAAUGAUGAUGAUGAUAUCAUCAUUGUCUCUGAAACCAAGAAUCUCAUUCUAAACCCAGCUCCGAGGGAGAAAGAGCCAGAAUACACAGAUGAGGGGCUAAUAAAGGAAGAAGUUGCACUAGAAAGAUUGAAGGAAGACAUUGCGCAAGAGGAGAGAGUUCUUAAGAUGAAGCGACAGCGGGAUGCCUUGCAGGAAAAAAUUGAUGCGGCAAGAAGUGAGAAGCGUAUCAAGACGGGAUAA